UUUUGCUUCAAUUGCACUCCUUCUACUCGUUGGUUCUAUCGUACUUUUUAGUACACUAUGACGAGUGAGAUUGUUCAGCUUCGUGCGCUGCUCACUGCCUUCGACCGGGACGCAGCGUCCAAGCUCGAUCCGCAGGCCAUCCUCGCCUUCCUCGACGCAGCUCUGCCAGACGUUGCUCAGAACGCAGGCGAAAGCACGUUCUCGGCGGGCGUCCGCAAGGUGUCGAAUCGCACGCGCGCAGUCCUCGCUGCUCAGUUCAUCCGACUGCAACUCGUAUCCACCCUCGAGCGCGAGGCGCUGCUGAGACUGUCGCAAAGGAUGCACGCAGCAACGGCGGCAAUGGUGCGGGCGGCGUUUGGCCUGUACGACCUGAUGCCGACGGUCGCCUUCCAUCACGGUUCCGGGCUCGAGCUCAUCUGCCGUGCCGCCAUCGAGCGCAAAUACGCCAACUAUGCGCUGGAGGGUUUCCGGUGUUUCCAGUCGCGACUUCCGGUUGUCUAUGUGAGCACCACCUUGCGCUUUAGCAACAGCUUUUGCCGCGCGCUCGGGCUGCCGCUCAACUGCAUUCGCGCAAUCGCACCCACCCCUGGCGGCAACGGCAUUUCUGCGCGCGCGCUCGAGAGCGCCAUCCAGCGCGACACCCAGGCUGGUCGCGUGCCAUUGCUCCUCGUGCUGGACACGGAGGCCCAGCUGUUGCUGCCGCGGCCUGAGGAAGAAAUUGCCAAGCUCGCGGCCGUUGCUUCUGCCGCAUCGCUUUGGGUGCAUCUCACCGGCCAAGCGCUGUCCUCGCUGACUCUACCUUCCGGUACGCUGCUGCUGCGCGAGCUGGCCACCAUGAGCGACUCUCUCGCGCUCCGCUUGGGCGACUGGCUGGGUCUGCCCACAGGCUUGAUUCCACCCGCAUACGUCUUCCGCUCGACACCGAAAGGGCCGCUCCUGCCCGUUGCUGGCGGUGGUGCGCUGUCUGCGAGCAAGUACACUGGCCACGCUUCCGCUCUGGCUGCUGCCGCCUUGUCCAUGGACAUUAACGAUGCCUUCGUGCCCAUGCCACUCUGGAUGCUGCUCACCGAAGACGCCGCUGCGUCCUCAUCGUCGCCCUCGUCAGCUGCGGCCACACCAACGUCAUCCAGCAGCAGCAGCACUGGGGACGCCACCACCCCUACCACAGCAACCUCUUCGUCAUCGCCCACCGCCCACGGCGGCCCACAGCAAAGCACCGUCGUCCCUUUCGCUGCCUCCGCCGCUGGUGCAGCAAGCCAACCUCCGGCCAAUCCAUCGGUGCCAUCCGCGAGCCCGUUCCAGCGAUAUGCCCUGCGCGCGGCGGCGCUGUCUAGCCAGCUGCGUGCUUCGCUUCGGCAGCUCAAGACACUGCGAGAGGUCUUCCCCGAUUGUUCUCAUGUUCCCGGAGCAGUGUACUUUACAUUUUCGCCCACUGUCGAGUGGGCAAGCGUGUCCUUCCCCCCAUCCGAGGAUGACACCCUGUCAGGUCUCAGCACGCCAACCACAACAUCUGCACCACCGCAGUCGGUCGAGCGACGGGCGUCUCAAUCGGAAUCGCCGGCUCCCGACAGCUCGCUGGUGCGCACUGGAGCCCCGAGCCGACUCCACUCUGACGCGAUUGUUGAGCGCAUGGUUGCCCUUGCCGAUCAGGUGCACUCGCAGCUCUUGACCCACGUCGUCGCCUCAAACACUCGCGUCGGCAUCAUUUUAACGCGCAUUGACGGCAAGUGUGUCUUUUUGUAUCAACCUGCUCUGACCGUGCCCACAUUGGCCACGCAAGAUGGCGAGAUUGACGCCUUGGUGGGCGAUUUGGACCGCCUUGCCCUGCUUUUCGACUCGACCCUCGCCCAGCGCGCUCUGUUCCAUCGUCUCAUCUCUUCCUCGGACAGUUUGGAACUGGUCGACCUCGAGCCUAUUGCUGGACUCGGUGCUGUGCGGUAUCGUCCGCCGCUGCUUGCCCAAGUUGGCAAGCCAGAGACCGCGGGGUCGGUCGUCGCUGGGGCUGGCGCUGCACCCGGUCCAACGGCCGCGGCCGUUAAUCGUGUCAACCAGGAGAUUGCCGCCACGCUUGCACGCUCACACACCAUGUUUGCAGCUGGCCAAACGCGCUCUGGUGAACCGUGCUUGCUUGUGGGUGUGGAUGCCGUGCCCGCCACCGUGCAAACCAUCACUGCCAUUGUUGAUGCCAUUUCUCGAUGCUCGGCCGAUGUCGAGGCAAACCUGCAUCUGCCCCAAUACCUCGACGAGUCUAUUCAGCAGUCCAUUCGUCAGGCCGAGGAGGAUUUGAAGCGCGCCAACGACAACCAGUUUUACGAAGGGGGCAUUGUUCGUCAUUUGCCAAUCGUCGGCUCUGUCUGGGAGUGGUUUAGUCCUGCAGAAAAGCCAGCAGAUAUCGCUGGACGCCACUUUUCUCUGGCUUCCGGUGUGCUCGAAAGCACUGAGGCUGUUCGCAAGUCCAAACAGCCCAACCAUGACGAUGGCAGUGUACCGGCGACUCCCACAUCGGCAACGACCGCGAGUGGAUGAUGGCUUUUUUUUUUUCGACUUGUCUACCUGUUUUUUUUUUUUGGUUGGAUGUGUGUUUCGGACGAGUGUUUGUCUUAUUUUCAGUUGCGUUUUCGCGGCUUUCUCCUUUGCAACUUGUUGUCAUUCUGAUAAAGCUGUGUGAUGGUUGGCUGGCUGGUGUUGAAAGUUGGCUGAGAUCCACGUUUUUGGACAUGAUUUGUGAAUGGUCGACUCGUGUUGAACAAUGUUCCCUAUUGCUCUUACAGUAUGACAUGUGUUGACAAGCUUAAUUCUGAACCAAUGACAAACGACAGACUGCACAGUUCAGGAUGCUUUGGCACCAAUCUUCACGUGGGAAAUCAGGCAUCCAAGGUAGCAAUGAGGCGACCAAAGGAGGGACGUUCGUCGGCAAUAUCGUCAAGACACUUGAGGGCGAGAGUGACAAUACCGCUUUCCGCGUUUCGGCCUUCAGUCGAGUCCCAGGCUUCGCGGCGGUUGCAAGCUCGAGCAAAAUCAUGCCAAACGCGUAGACGUCGGUCUUGACUGUCAUGCGACCUUCCUCAAAGAACUCGGGACACAUGUAAGGAGCUGUGCCUUGAGGAACCUUUGUGCGAAGGUAGCUCUUGUCAUCAAGAUGCUCGGCAGCACGGACGAGACCAAAAUCAGACACUUUUGCAUUAAAGUGUGCGUCCAACAGAACGUUGUCCGUCUUGAGGUCGAGGUGGAACAGAACUUGAUCAGGGAGGGCUGUCUGGACGUAAUGCAUGCCACGGUCAACAUCAGCCGCAAUCUGAUGGCGCUGGGACCAAGUCAGCGGAGGCGUGUUGUUUUUGCGGCUGAGACGGUCGCGAACAGAACCGUUUGGCAUGAACUCAUACACCAAGCAGUAGGCAUCGUGACUUUUGGCAUAGGACAGAAUGCCUUUGAUCGAUUCGGCGGACAGUUUCUUGAUCGCGACAGGAGGCCCAGGCAGACUGGCGCGGUACACGCGACCAAAUGCUCCUUCGCCGAGCAGAGAAUCAUCAGCGAAAUUUUUCGUGGCGGAGACGAGAGUGGCGAGAGGCACUUCGGGGAUGGGUUGAUCAACGUUCGAUGCGAAUCCAUCAGCGGGUUGGUGGCGCUCAAGAGCGUCGAUCCGAUCAAGAGCUGAUUUCAGAUCGGAGCGAAGUUGUUGCAGCUCCUGUUCUUUGGCAGCAAGCUCGGUGCGCAAUUGCUGAUUCUUAGCUACUGCGGCCUGUUCGGCUGGUGACCGAGUACGCUGGUUGUCAAGAGCUCUGCCACCCAAGAAGCCCCAAUUUCGCCAACGCAGAUGAAUGGCUUUGCUGUCCGCAUUUGACUUCAUGCAAGGAUCCAAUAAAGCAGAGAGUCUUACUUCAAGUGACAGGUGUUGCCGG